AACGAAAUGGACUUAUCAAUAUAUGAGGGUUUUCUUUUUGUUUCUCUUGCAGCGUCGACAAAGGCGGAGAUCCAGGCAGGUCCGGCGGCCGAUCGUUAUAGUCCUCUGCAACAAUGCCGGAAAGACCGGGGAAACCCAGGAAGGAAGAGGUCGUGACCAGAGAGUACACCAUCAAUCUCCACAAAUGCUUGCAUGGAUGCACAUUCAAGAAGAAGGCUCCCAAGGCCAUAAAGGAGAUCAAGAAGUUUGCCCAAAAGGCUAAGGGAACAACGGAUGUUCGAGUGGAUGUGAAGCUCAACAAGUUCAUUUGGAGCAAGGGGAUCCGAAGUGUGCCGAGGAGGGUUCGUGUCCGCAUCGCGAGGAAGAGGAACGACGAUGAAGAUGCCAAGGAAGAACUUUACUCGCUGGUCACUGUUACUGAGGUUCCCGAGGGACUCAAGGGCUUGGGCACUGCCGUCAUUGAGGGGGAUGAUUGAAUCUUUGUUUCAAUAUAUGAUAAAGAAUUCCAUUGAAUUCAAAUGGUCCUUAAACCCGAAAGGCCAAAACAACCUCCGUUUGACCCGAGGGUUCUGUGGUCUACUCCCAUUUCAGUCCAAACCAUCCCAAAACAUCCAAAAUAUUUCCUUUUCAAAAUAAAGUUUUUCCUACUCUUAUUUUAGCCAUGGCCGAAAAUAAGAGUGUAUAAACCAAAACCUUUUUGUUUGUUGUUAUUUUCCUUCUUUUAAGCCUUUUAAUAAACCAGUAAAACCCUCUCUUCCUUCCUUUCAUUCCCUGCCCAAAUAAACCUCACAAUCCCAACACAACACCGACAAAGAGCCAAAACCAUGACCCACCUCCAUCCCCUACUUCCUGCCCAUGUUUUCCCUCACAGUAACCCAAAGUCAUAACUCCAAAAUACCCAUAAAUAAUACCCAGCCCU